AUGGCCAAGAAGAAGAAACUACCCACAUCUUUCCCACCACACACACACCUAAUAAUCAGCUAUAUGGACUUCAUGGUCCAUCGUGUCUGCCGUACAAAGGCAGACGUGGAGUUCCAGAACUCCAUAAAAACAGUUGAGUACCUGAGGCAGGUCGACACAAGGUCCCUGCCGAAUCCGGAGGAGAAGGUUGCACACCUCAUCANGGUGCAUGAGUGGCUCAAGGUGGUGAGGCAACAAGUGCGGAGGAACUACCCAAGAGCUGCCAAGGCGGCACCACCACCUACACUGGUGGUAACAAGUGAUGAGGAGACAGGGGAUGCAGAGGAGGAGGACAAGGGUUCGGAGGUGGUGGUGAACCACCAGCGGCAGCAGUCCAAAAUGUGUGCCAUUGCUGGUGGUGGUGGUGGUGCUGCCACCAAGACAGCAGCCACCAAGAAGAAGCCAGCAGCUGCAGCACCACCAACAACCGCUUCCCCGCCUGAUGAUGAUGGUCUGCCUAGCAAAAGUGAGGUACUAUCUUUUGUGCGUGCGCUGUGGGAUAAGGCACAGGCGAUGCUGGAGAAAGACCUUGCUGCUGCUGGGCCUGAUGGGCCCGUCACUUACAGCACCGCUGUCCUGCUCAUGCAUGCGCUGCUGGCGGAGAUGAUAUCUGGUGUCUACAUUCCGCCUGUCCGCUUGUCCGUGUUGAGCACCUUGAUGGUGCCAGGCAUGCAGACCUGCAAGCAGCAAGACUGCUUCCAGAUGGACUGCCGCGGCAACAACCUGGUCGAGCACAUCCGGACUUACACAGAGUAUGCCCGGCCAGCGCUCCUCAACAUGAAUCCCAGCAUUGACGAUGCCAGCAAGGAGCCUCCCUUCCUGUUCCUUGACAGGAAGGGCAGGCCGGUUGCAGGUGUCGACGCCCCAUUCACGGACGAAUGGAAGCUUAUUCAAAGGAAGUAUGGUGCACCCUGGCCGACAGUAUUCUGCCCCAUGAAGUUUAGGCACCUCCAUGCCACUGUGAGGUUCAAAGACCUGGUGGACAAUGUGGCAGACCAGGAGGAAGCCCUCGCAGGGGAUGCACUCAUCAUGGGAAAUUCUGUUGCUGUCUGGCGCCGCCACUACAUAAAGGGUCGUGACAGCAUCGUGGCACAGAAGGCUGUUGGGCAGCUCGGGCGCUGGCGGGCCAUGGAGAGGCAGAAACAACACGCUGCCACCAAGACAGCAGCCACCAAGAAGAAGCCAGCAGCUGCAGCACCACCAACAACCGCUUCCCCGCCUGAUGAUGAUGGUCUGCCUAGCAAAAGCGAGGUACUAUCUUUUGUGCGUGCGCUGUGGGAUAAGGCACAGGCGAUGCUGGAGAAAGACCUUGCUGCUGCUGGGCCUGAUGGGCCCGUCACUUACAGCACCGCUGUCCUGCUCAUGCAUGCGCUGCUGGCGGAGAUGAUAUCUGGUGUCUACAUUCCGCCUGUCCGCUUGUCCGUGUUGAGCACCUUGAUGGUGCCAGGCAUGCAGACCUGCAAGCAGCAAGACUGCUUCCAGAUGGACUGCCGCGGCAACAACCUGGUCGAGCACAUCCGGACUUACACAGAGUAUGCCCGGCCAGCGCUCCUCAACAUGAAUCCCAGCAUUGACGAUGCCAGCAAGGAGCCUCCCUUCCUGUUCCUUGACAGGAAGGGCAGGCCGGUUGCAGGUGUCGACGCCCCAUUCACGGACGAAUGGAAGCUUAUUCAAAGGAAGUAUGGUGCACCCUGGCCGACAGUAUUCUGCCCCAUGAAGUUUAGGCACCUCCAUGCCACUGUGAGGUUCAAAGACCUGGUGGACAAUGUGGCAGACCAGGAGGAGGAAGCCCUCGCAGGGGAUGCACUCGUCAUGGGAAAUUCUGUUGCUGUCUGGCGCCGCCACUACAUAAAGGGUCGUGACAGCAUCGUGGCACAGAAGGCUGUUGGGCAGCUCGGGCGCUGGCGGGCCAUGGAGAGGCAGAAACAACACGGUGGCGGUGGUGCUGCUGACACUGGAGGGGCAGCGGCAGGCAGGCAGCAGGGUCAAUGGAUGCAGCACCAGCACCAGCAGGACCGCGACACCCAGGAGGAUGAGGAGGCUGAGGAGGCUGAGGAGGCUGAGGAGGCUGAGGAGGAGGCGGAGGCGGCUGAGGCGGCUGAGGAGGCUGAGGAGGCUGAGGAGGAGGCGGAGGCGGCUGAGGAGGCUGAGGAGGCGGAGGAGGCUGAGGAGGCUGAGGAAGCGGAGGAGGCUGAGGAGGCUGAGGAGGCUGAGGAAGCGGAGGAGGCUGAGGAGGCUGAGGAGGCUGAGGAGGCUGAGGAACCGGAGGAGGCUGAGGAGGCUGAGGAGGCUGAGGAGGCGGAGGAGGCAGAGGAGGCGGCGGAGGCGAUGCUGGAGAAAGACCUUGCUGCUGCUGGGCCUGAUGGGCCCGUCACUUACAGCACCGCUGUCCUGCUCAUGCAUGCGCUGCUGGCGGAGAUGAUAUCUGGUGUCUACAUUCCGCCUGUCCGCUUGUCCGUGUUGAGCACCUUGAUGGUGCCAGGCAUGCAGACCUGCAAGCAGCAAGACUGCUUCCAGAUGGACUGCCGCGGCAACAACCUGGUCGAGCACAUCCGGACUUACACAGAGUAUGCCCGGCCAGCGCUCCUCAACAUGAAUCCCAGCAUUGACGAUGCCAGCAAGGAGCCUCCCUUCCUGUUCCUUGACAGGAAGGGCAGGCCGGUUGCAGGUGUCGACGCCCCAUUCACGGACGAAUGGAAGCUUAUUCAAAGGAAGUAUGGUGCACCCUGGCCGACAGUAUUCUGCCCCAUGAAGUUUAGGCACCUCCAUGCCACUGUGAGGUUCAAAGACCUGGUGGACAAUGUGGCAGACCAGGAGGAGGAAGCCCUCGCAGGGGAUGCACUCGUCAUGGGAAAUUCUGUUGCUGUCUGGCGCCGCCACUACAUAAAGGGUCGUGACAGCAUCGUGGCACAGAAGGCUGUUGGGCAGCUCGGGCGCUGGCGGGCCAUGGAGAGGCAGAAACAACACGGGGGAAUUCAAGCAUCAUUGUCCAAGAAACAGAAGUGCAGCAUGGGCCAGCACCUAGUACGGACCUGCGGGGGUGAUGAUCAUGGUGACCCCAGCAGCAACGAGGAGGAGACAGGGCUUCAGCAGCAGAAGCAGAAGCAGAAGCAGAAGCAGAAGCAGCAACAGCAACAGCAGCAACAGCAGCUGUGCAAGCAAAAGCAGAAUGAUAAAAGAUAG